GGGGCAGCCGAUCACGUCAUAUUGCAGGCGGAGAGUUCUCUGCGAACUGCCAGUCUUCGUAUGCAUAUGGCCAACACGCAGCCGGCGAUUCAAUGCUGUGCAACAAACGAUACCUGGUCACCUUUUUCCUCUUUGAGCAAUGGCGAGCUGUUGCAGCGAUGAGUAUGAGCAAGGGAAAUAAACUGGUGGUUCAUAAAAAUAGAAAAGGGGCGCAGACCGAGAUCCCCAUCCCCGAUCGGCCGGUUGCGCUGUGUGCAGGGCGAGGGAGGACAGGUUGGGUGAGGGUCUCGCCGGGGAAACCCGACGGUGUGUGGAGCAGGCUCGGGAUCAGUACAGCAAUGGAUUCUAGGCUCUGGCUAUAAGUGUUGCAGGGAAUCGCGGCCGGCCAUUCUUGUGCAAA